AUGAAGGUAGCAGUCCUCUUCUCUCUUUUGCCGCUGGCAAUUGCGGCUCCAGCAGCAGUACCCUUGGAAAAGAGAGCGUCUCCCACGGUCAUUGCACCCAAACCAGGAGCAACUGUCGUUGGAAAGUCCCUCUUAGGCGUUGAAACCUUCAAUGGAAUACCCUUCGCGCAACCACCCACCGGAAACCUCCGUCUCAAGCCACCACAGCCUCUCACAUCUUCGGUCGGAAAGGUCGAUGGAGCACAGAUACCCAAGGCGUGCCCACAAUUCUUCUUCAGCCUCGACCAGAGUAACUUCCCUACCAAUGUGCUUGGAGAGAUCCUCAAUACGCCGCUUUUCCAGGCAGCUACCAAUGCUGGCGAGGACUGUCUGACCAUCAACGUUCAGCGACCGGCAGGUACAACAAGCUCCUCGAAACUCCCUGUACUAUUCUGGAUCUUCGGUGGCGGUUUCGAACUGGGCUCCACACAGAUGUAUGACGGCACCUCCCUGGUUACCAGCUCUAUCAGUGAAGGAAAACCCGUUGUUUUUGUCGCAGUCAACUACCGCGUCGGCGGCUUUGGGUUCCUGCCUGGCAAGGAGAUCCUGAAAGACGGAUCCGCGAACCUGGGCCUUCUAGACCAACGCCUCGGCCUUAAAUGGGUAGCAGACAACAUCGCGGCUUUCGGUGGUGACCCCGACAAAGUCACGAUUUGGGGAGAAUCUGCAGGCGCCAUCUCGGUAGCUGACCAGAUGCUGCUUUAUGAUGGUGACAACACGUACAAUGGAAAGCCGCUCUUCCGCGCUGGCAUCAUGAAUUCGGGCUCCAUCGUACCAGCCAAACCUGUUGAUGACGCCAAGGGCCAAGCCGUGUACGACCUCGUUGUUAAGAACGCAGGAUGCUCCUCUUCCUCCGAUACACUCGCCUGCCUUCGUACAAAAGACUACACCACCUUCCUUAACGCAGCGAACUCCGUCCCUGGCAUCCUCUCCUACAGCUCCGUCUCUCUAUCAUACCUCCCGCGUCCCGACGGCACCGCUUUAACAGCAUCCCCCGACGCCCUCGUCGCAGCAGGCAAAUACGCGAAAGUGCCCUUCAUAGUCGGCGACCAAGAAGACGAAGGCACCCUAUUCGGCCUCUUCACCCCCAACCUCACCACAACGCAAGACGUAACAAAGUACCUCUCAACCGUCUUCUUCCCCACCGCCUCCACAACCGUCCUCCAAGGCCUCGUAGACACCUACCAGAACACCCUCGAAGACGGCUCCCCCUUCCGCACCCUCCUUUUGAACAACUGGUACCCGCAGUUCAAGCGCAUCUCCGCCAUCAUCGGCGACAUCACGUUCACUAUUACGCGCCGGGUGUUCCUCGAGACGGCGUCGACGGUUUUUCCAGACGUGCCCUCGUGGUCGUACCUCUCAUCUUAUGACUACGGGACGCCCAUCCUGGGGACGUUCCACGGAUCAGACCUCCUGCAGGUUUUCUACGGCGUACUGCCCAAUAACGCGGCGAAGAGCAUCCGCGCGUAUUAUCUGUCGUUCGUGUAUAAUCUUGAUCCUAACGAGGGGAGUGGGCUGGAUAAUUGGCCGCAGUGGAGUGUGGGACAGCAGUUGAAGAGCUUUGGAGCGAAUUCUAAUGCUUUGUUAAAGGAUGAUUUUAGGGGGGAUACGGCUGCUUUUUUGAAGGCGAAUUUGAAUUCUUUCUAUAUUUAG